AUUAAACAAAAAAUUAUUUUUAUUAUAAUUGUUUUUUUUUUUUUUUUAAUAUAUAUAAAAAAAUAAUAAUAAUAAAUAAUGAUAUAUGGGGGUGGAUUUGAAGAAGAGGAAGAUGAUUCCAUAUUAAACGCUGUACAUAGUAAUAAUAAUAGUAAUAAUAAUAGUAAUAAUAAUAGUCAAAAUAAUAUAGGCGGGAAUAGCAGAAAUGGAAUGGAUUUCAUACGAAAUAGUAUUGAAAGUGGUGGAAACGAUUUCGAAUUGGAUUCAAUGGUAGAUGCAUACAAUCAUAAUCAAAUAUAUUCAAAAUUUAAAAGUAAUUUAAUGGCAUCAAACUAUUUAAUAAACGAUAUUGGAGCAUCUAGUGGAUUCCCAGAAGAUGACAGUAAUCAUGCAAUGAGUACAGGUGGUGCUAAGGGUUUAAAAAGUACAGUGUUUUUCAAAAAUGAAAAAGAAAUUAUAGAAACUCAAUUAUUUGAUGAAGAUAAUGACCACAGCGAAAGUGAAGGUAACGAUAAUAGCAACAACAAUAACGGUGACAGUGCUCCCACAACAUUUAGAAGAAAUAAAUCAUUACUAGAGUUUACACAGGGUUACGAGGAUCCAGAUGUUUUGGAGAUUUCUAUAGAGGGUGGCAGCACAAUAAGCUCAUUGCACCGUGAUGAGGUCAUUCAAGAUUAUUUCGAACCAAAUGUAGAUGAGCAAUCGUAUUAUAAUAAAUUAAAACAAAAGCAACAACAAUAUCAGCAGUAUCAACAAGAGCAACAACAAAUACAGCAGCAAGUACAACAGCAGCCAAACAACCAAACAACAGCCACUACUUCAGCAACAGCAAAUCAAACACCUUUAUCACCAAACUCUAAACCAAUAAUACCGACAACUCAACAAUAUGCAGAGAGAAAAAUUAAUAUAGGGCCAAAGGUAAAGUUUGAUACAAAUAUACCGAGUAGUAAUAAUAAUAACAACAAUAGCUUAAAUAAUAAAAACAACACAAAUAAUAAGGCACACGGUGAUAACCCCAAAACCUCUACUACUAAUAAUAUCAAUAAUAAAAAUAGUAGUAAUAAUAGUAAUAAAAAAAACCUUAUACAACCAAAUCAGAAAUCAAUUCAAUUGAAUGAGACCGAGGAGAUUAUUGAGGAAUCUUCAGGUGAAGAGGAUGGGGCAUCAGCACAAGAUAAUUCCGAUGACGACAAUGAUAAUUCCGAUGACGAUAAUCAAGAUUUGGUUUAUUCAUUUGACGAGGUUAGAUCAUGUACAUUUUUAUCACCAUACUUUAAACUCAUCACUCAAAAUAAAAACUAUACUUUAUUAUGGAUCGCAUCAUUGGUAUCAUUGGCAGGUGAUUGGUUAAACGAAGUCGCAUGUAUUACAAUUCUUGGCAAUUAUGAAACAAGCAGUUUAAUGAUCAGUUUUUUUUUGGUAAUUAGAGAGUCGCCACCCUUUCUUUUACAGACACUUACCGGUGUAAUUUGUGACACUUUUGAUAGAAGAUAUGUUAUGAUAGUUGCAGAUGCCCUUAGAAUGGUUUUGGUAUUACUCUUUUUACUUGUUAGAACCGAAGGUUCAAUUUGGUUACUUUAUGUAUUGGUCUUUUUACAAUAUGGUAUUGGUUCAUUCUUUAAUCCAGCUAAAAGUUCAUUAUUACCAUCGAUUGUAUCCAAAAGUGACUUAAUUACUGCCAAUGCUGUGGAUCAAAGUAGUUAUUCAAGUAUGAUGUUAAUAGGUGCUUCUCUUGGAGGGUUUAUCAGUUUUGCAUUUGGUACAGAUAUCAAUUUUGUUUUAGAUUCAGUUACCUAUAUUGCCUCGGGUAUUUGCAUUUUUUUAUUAAUUAAAAAUACAAAGCAUUUAAAAAAUGGUUAUAUCGAAUCUUCAGCAGACAAGGAUUUGGAAAUGGAUUGUUUAGAAGAAUCUCAAAAUACUAGUGUUGCAGAUAAAAAAGAAGACAAGGUUUCAUUAAUUAAAAAUGAUCAAGUGGCUAUCAACGAUAAAAAAGAAAAAACAAGUUCCGCAUCACAAGGCUCAAAUGAAGAAAGUCAAGACUUAAUUGAAAAUGAUGGUUCUAAUUUAAAGCCAGUUGCUUCUCAGAAUAGAAAAGGGUUCUUUAAUGCUAUUGGUGGUUUUUUUGAAGUUUAUAAGCUUGGUUUUCAAUAUCUUAUCAAAAAUAAAUAUAUUUUCUUAAUUGCAUUUGCUAAAGCCACUGGUAGUUUUAUUUGGGCAUCAGCUGAUAUGAUGAAUAUAGAACUCUCAAAAUCAACAUUUAAAAUUAAUGACGACAGUUCAUUAAGUUUGGGUAUUAUUUUAGGUUCAGGUGGUUUGGGUAUUUUAAUUAUACCAAUGUUUUUUGCAAGAAUUGUUAAAGAUGUUCCAAGCAAUCAUAAUAAAGUAUUAAGUAUAGGUUUCUUUUUAAAUUCAUUUUGUACUUUUUGCUUGGGUUUAUCAUCACAAAACUUUGUAUUGUAUUUGGUUUUCAAUUGUAUUAGAUCAUCAUCUACAUGUAUUAUCUGGAUGUAUAGCAGUAGUAUCCUUCAACAAUUAUUACCCGACGAAGUUAGAGGAAGAGUUUUUGGAACUGAAUAUGCUCUGUUGACUUUAUUUAAUAUAUGUGCUAAACUAUUGGUGGGUCUAUUGUUAGAUAAAACAAGUUUGUCUCAAAGAGAUGUCUUAUUAAUCUUUGGCACUUUGGGAUUAGUAUUAUUUUUCAUUUGGCUUUCAUUAUUUAAAAAAUUUAAAAGAAAUAAAAAUUAAUUAAUUUUAGUAAAACUAUUUUUUCACUAU